AUGAUAAAAAAGGUUAAAUUUUGUAAAAAAUAAUUUAUAUAUAUAUAGAGAAUUGAUUAAAUGUAGAGAACAUAAUCAAAUGUUUCAAUUUUAAAUGCUUGGUUUAAUUUGGAGAAGGCAUUGAUAGAUGCUUAAGUAGGAGAGAAUGAACAGGUUACAAUAAUUUCAAGGCCCCCAACAUCAAAGAUGAUGAGAGAUUAUUCAAAUUAUCACUCAGUAUGAGAAUGGUUUGAACUUUAGCAAUAAAGAGCUUAAUCUUUAAGACCUUUGACAGGUUUGACAAGACCUUCAACUGCAAUAACAAUGAAGAAGCCAUUAGAGUGUUAAGAUAAAACAGCAACAAUUUAAUAAUCUUAAAGAAAAAUGUUUAGAAAAAAAGUGAACCUACGGCCUUAUAAAAAGUAUGGUUUUGAUAAUAUUCAUGUUUAAAAGUAAUAUUGAGACAUAUUAUAGAGAAGAAAAGGAAGAUGAGAUGUCAGAAGAAGAACUAAAUUAGUCAACAGUUAUACAUACUCUAGAAGUGGAUUAAAUAAUAGAUUUAUAUCAUAGUAAAUGUAAAGAUAGAGAUCUUGAAUAUUAACCAGAACAUGCAGUUCUUUUUAUAGAGAAGUUUAAGAAAUUGUGUAUAGAAGAACAAUUCAUUUGUGAAGAUAAUUAAUUAGGUUUAGAGAGUUCUAAAACAAUCAGAGAAAUGUUAUUAUAUAAUAAUCAUUUCUCUAAUUUAAGAUUAGCAAGAAAUUCGAUAGGAGAUGAAGGUUUGAUGGAAUUGAUGGAGUUAUUAAAAGAGAAUAGAAAUAUAGUUCAUUUAGAUUUAUCAAGUAAUAAUAUUACAGCAGAUGGGGCAUUUUAUUUAUUUAAUGAAUUAGUUCCAUUACAUUAAGUGAUAUCUAUAGAAUUAUCAAGUAAAGAUGGUUUAAACAGAAACAAAGUCUCUGUUAAAGGAUGUGAACCUAUAGAAGUCAUUUUAAAAUACAAUCAUCCAUUAUAAUUUUUAGGUUUAAGAGGUACAUCAAUAUAGAAUGCUGGUUUUGAAUGUAUUUUAUCAGGACUUUAAACUAAUAAUACAUUAGCAUAUUUAAAUGUUUCAAAUAAUGAUUUAAAUGAAGAAUCUUGCAAUUAUAUGGUUUAAUAUCUAACAGUAUGUAAUCUAGUUGAAUUAGAUCUAAGUUAUAAUCCAUUAGGUAAUAAUGGAAUGGAUUAUUUAUCAAGAAUUUUUGACAAAGGAACUUUCAUGUUAAAAAAAAUAAAUUUAGCAGGAUGUGAAAUUAAAUCAUUGGGCAUUUUAAAAUUCUUUCAAAGUUUAAUUCUAAAUAGAUUUUUGGAGAAAUUAAUUUUAGAUGAAAAUCAUUUUUCUGGAAAUGGAUUUAAUCAAAUUGAAAAUGUAUUAACUUCUAAAAUACCAUUAACCUAUUUAUCUCUGGCCAAAUGUUGUAUUAAUGCUAAAGGAGCUGAUUACAUAGGAAAUGGAGUUGAAAGAAAUAAAACACUUAAAACACUUAUUUUAAGAGAUAAUAGAUUGACUGAUUUAGGUGCUGAAUCUAUAUUUAAAGGACUCUUCUUUGAAAAAUUAGAUUUAAAAAGAUGUAAUCUUACAGAUAAAUGUGUAAUUGCUUUAUCUAAUAUGAUUAAAUAAAGCACACAAUUAACAACACUAAUAUUACCUGAUAAUGGUUUUCAUGAUUCUUCAGGAAUUGUUAUAUGUGAAGCCAUUAGAAUAAAUUCAUCAAUGUAAUUAAUAUUUAAUAUUUAGAUUAAAUUUAGAUAUUUGCGAAAAUCCAUUAAGUUAUAAAUACAUAGAUUAAAUAAAUAAAGUAAUUGAAACAAAUAGAUUGAAAUAUGAAAUUGAUAGAGUACCUAUGUAUAAAAGAGAAAUUGUUAAACUCAAUAAUAUAAUUCAAUUAAAACCUCAUUUAGAAAAAGAUUAAAAAGAAAAUUAACAAAAAAAAGCAAAAUCCCUUUAAACUUUAGAAAAAACAAUUGAAGAAAAAAAUAGAGUUAAAAUAGAAUAAAUAUAAAAAACAACGGAUAUGGAUGCCAGAUUAUAAUAAAUAUAAUAAGAAUCAAGAUAAAUGGAUAUUGAUAAAAUUAAAUUUGAUAAUGAAUCAAAUUUGUUAUUAAUAAAGAUGGAUGAUGAAAUAAAUGAUUAUUAAAAGAAAAUGACUGAAUGUCAUUAAGUAAUUACACGUUUAGAGAAAGAAAUAAGAGGAUUAAAAGAUUAAAGACAUGUUAGAAAAGGUCAAAGUGAUUCUAGAUUGGAAAUGCUUAGAUAAUUAAAUAGAGCAGAAGAAAGAGCACUUUAAAGAGCAGAAAUGGAGAAAAGAUAAUUAGAAGAAAGAAUAAAGGCCAUGUAAGGAAAAGACUCUCUUACUAGUAGAAGGAAAACUAAGUAAUAGUCAUAAAUUAUUUAAUAAAAAUAAUGAAUAAAAAAUAUACAUCUUCCAACUUAAAUCCUAAAGUCCUAGAUGAUAAAGACGAGAUUAAUUUUGGAACUUCCUUUAUUGAUACAAUCUUGAAUUAAAGACUUUUUGAAUAUUUAACCUCUUUUCUUGAUACGUCAAGUCUGAUUAAUUUUUAGCUAUCAUCCAAAAUUUUCAAAAUCAGACAUUGGAAAAUCUUUUUUAAGAAAGUUUUAUUUGAAAGAUUACACAAACCAUUAGAUCAUAAAUUAAUCUCUUAAUUUAUUAUAGAUUAAAGGUGUGUAUAAUUUAUUUUUUGGGAUUCGGUAAUUGAUUUUAAAAGACUAAACUUAUAAUACUCUCAUCAUUAUAAAUAUUACUCUUGUCAACAAUCAAUUGAAGCUACUAAUAUUCAAAAAGACAUUGAUCGUACUUUUUCAUCACAUUAAUACUUUAAAUAAAUUCAUAAUAGAUAGAGAUUAUAAAGAAUACUUAUAGCUUUAUCUAAAAUAUAAGAAUAAAUUGGUUACAUUUAAGGAUUCAAUUAAAUUGCUGGUUGCUUCUUAAUUAAUGGUCUUAAUGAAUAAUAAACAUUUUGGAUUAUGUAUUAUAUUCUAAAAAAAAUGAAAUACUCUACCAUAUUUUAAGAUUAAUUUAAUGAACUUAAAUUCUUGAAUUUUACUACGGCAGUAUUUUUAAGAAAUUAUGUUCCUUAUUUAUCUAAUGAAUUUGUAAAUCUAUUUAAGAUAUAUUUAGUUAUAAAAUAAAAUAGAUAUUGGAAUUAUAACUACAAGAUGGUUUUUAGUAAUUUUUGGAUAUGAUUUACCUUAAUAAUUAGUAAGAAUAAUUUAAUAUUCAUAGUUAAUUUAAGUUUGGAAUAUGUUUUUAUUAAAAGGUACUAAAAUAUUAAUCAGAUUUGCUAUUGCUAUAUUUAGAUUGAUUUCUGAUUUUGAAGGAAUUAAUGAUUUAUAUGAAUUACUUAAAGAUAAUCUUAUUGAACUCUUAGAAACAAAUAAUUAAUUAUAAUAAAAACUAAUUGAAUAUUUCUAAACAAUAAAAAUUACCAAUAGAUUGAUUUAAGAAUUAAGAGAUAAAUUUGAAACUGGAGAUGAAUCUCUUAGUCUUUCAUUUGAUUAAGUUUAAAAAAAACAUUAUUGGAGAAAAGGUGGUGAUAGUGCGAGAAGCUUAAUUAGUUCUUUUAAUGAGAUUAUAAGUGAAAUAUAAGAAGAAAAAGAUGCUUGUUUUUAGAAAUCAUAGUUGUUUAUGAAUGCUUUUUUUCCAAAAUUGAUUAAUAAAAAUUAUUUAGUAGCUUCAGAAGGUAAAAAGAAUUUAGCUAUUAAAAUUGAAAAAAGACCUUAAUUGAUAAAACGCUAGAUUAUUUCUUAACAAUUUAAAAUGUCUAUUCCAUAAUCUGCAAAUGGAGAUUAGGUAUUAAUUAAAAUUAUUAGGAAUCUAAUAUUUAUGCUGAUGAACUAUAAAGUAGAAUGAGUCCAAAAGAAGAUGAAUCAAUUGAACUUGAAUGUACUCCUGAAAAAAUCUUUAAGUUUUCCAAUAAGAAAAGAUGA